CCGUCAAAGAGAAAUAGAAAAGAACCCACCCAAGAACUCUCUCUCUCUAGUUUGUCCUCUCUCUCUCUCUCUCUUAUAUAUAUACCAACUCCAAUUUUCACACUUUUCACACAGUGGGUUCUUCUUCUUUCUUCUUUCUGCUUCUUGGGUUUGUGUUGUGGUCAAUGGAAGAAUACAGAUCCAAGUCAUGCAGAGAUGGGAGAAUGCAGAUGGAGAGCUACUAUGGUGGAGGGAGGCCAGCCCCAAGCAGCAUGCAUGAUCUGAGGAGUUACAGUGCCAAUUUUGCCGGGUCUUCUUCUUCUUCCUCCUCGAACCCGCCAACGUUCGUGCCCGGCAAGGAGGUGAAGUUGAAGAAGAGCAAGAGCAGGGUCGGAUCUGCAUCGUCGAAGAGCUGGACCUUCGGCGACCCUGAGCUCCAGAGGAAGACGAGGGUCGCUGGCUACAAGGCCUACGCCGUGGAGGGCAAGAUGAAAGGGUCCCUCAAGAAGAGCUUCAGGUGGAUCAAGAACACGUGUACCCAAGUUGUCUAUGGAUGGUGGUGAUGAAUGGUGGUGAUGAUAGAAAGGUAAAAAAAAAAGGUGCUUCUUCUUCUUCUUCUUCUUCUUCUUCUUUCCUCCUUGUUUUGUGUUUCACUUGAGGCUAAAGGUGCUGAGGAUAUGGCAUGUCUGCAAAUGCCAAAUCUCCCAAUUUCUCU